AUGUCCAGAGCCCCUCCCUUCCCUACUCGACGUGCGCGCUCUCCUUCACUAACAAAUGGGAACUCCCAGCAAUCAUCUACAAAGCCGCUGCAGAUUGGCCGGCUACCGUCACGGCCGACCACACCUAGUAACGGGUCGAGCCAUUAUGUCAAAGGACCAACUGGUUCGCCUAAUAGUAAUAGCUCCGGACCUUCGCGCCCUCAAAGGUCAGAGUUCAGAAGUCGACAAUCAGGGGUGUCCGACGUGCCCUCGGACUACUCUCGCGACUAUUACAGAGACAGCAUGAGCACCACACGAUCCGAUGUCUCAACACCACACCGGCCUCGUCCAGGCACAUCGACGAGCAACACGCCAGGUGGCCCGCGGCCACCACCUCCCCGGAGUGCAAGAGGCCUAACAGAAGAUGAAACAACUUCACCGACGUUGGCCUCGGCCAUCUCUGCAUUCCAGUUUGCAGGCGUGCGCAAACGCGCCAUGACGAAUGGGAGCGAUGAUUUAAACUACGAGAGGGAACGGCAGCAAGAAAUUGAGGAGGACAAGGCAAGGCAAAAACGAAUACGAGAUAAGAUGCCUGGUCGGCAGCCGACCAGUGCUCGGACUGGAGAGAUAGACGCUGUGUUGGAUCAAGUAGAGGGUGGCUGGGAGCUCACGGACUUUAACACCGUCGACCUUGCUUUGCAACUUCUGGACGAUACUAAUGUCGGAAAAGAUAUAGAAUCGUUUCGCAGAACGAAACAUAUGCUUGCAAAAGCCCUAAAGGGCUCCGUGGAUAAGCAUUACAAGCAAUUCGCCGACUCUCUACCACAUCACGCAGCGCUCCUCACGCACCUUACCGCAACCCAGUCGCAGAUAAAAGAGACCCGAACGUUGCUGCAAGAGGCCAAGGAGUCGUUGGGCAACAAGCGAUCUGACCUAGUACAACUAUGGUCUAGGGGUCAGACCUUAGAGGAGAUGAUGCGUCUUCUUGAUCAAAUUGAACACCUGAAGGCUGUUCCCGAUCUCCUGGAAACACUGAUUUCUGAGAAGAGGCUACUUCAAGCAUCUGUUCUCCUUGUUCGAAGCCUAAAGACGAUUAACAAGGCAGACAUGCAAGAAAUCGGGGCUGUCUCCGACCUACGAAGCUACCUGGUUGCACAGGAAACGACGCUGAGGGACAUUCUGGUGGAUGAACUCCACGGGCAUCUGUACCUCAAGUCAUUUUGGUGUGAAUCACGGUGGGCCGCAUACGUCCCAAACCAAGAUGUUCGCCUACCAAAAGUCGAGUUCGACGAAGAUCCGGACAAUACUUCCCCUCUUGGAACACAGGCAGACGCGGCAGCCCCUGGCCCCUCGCGCAUGCGAAGAUAUCUCAAUGACCUUGCCACACGGCCAAACGACCCUCCACUGGACAUUAACGAACCCAAUAUCCGCGGCGCUCGCACCUCGGCUUCAUUGUCCACGAUGGCCAACCUCGUUCCUGGUGUCGUCUCCCAAUCCUCACAAACUAAUCCCGAGGCCGACUCAUUUAUAUACAUGGAAACUGUGAUGGAAUCCCUAGCUGUCCUGGGGAAACUUGGGAAUGCACUUGACAAUGUUGCCCAGCGGCUACCGACGGAGGUGUAUUCGCUCGUGGAAGCUACUUUAGACGAAGUCGGCGAACGAGCGGAAUUCGGGCGUCGUCUUUCCAUGCAGGUGAUACCAGCUUCCAGCAUCGCCCAGGCCGACGGGGUAUAUCUCCUCUCGAAUGCUUUAUCAGGAGUCGAUUCCGUGCUGAAUACAGGUUCCGUCGUGGACGCGUCUGCACUGAGGCUAGCGGGUCUAGAGUCGUCUGCGCGUCAAUUAGACCACGAAAUCUUGAAAGACUUCUUUUGGACUGUCUACUCUAAAUUACAUGCUGUAGCGCAAGGAUUAAGGGUUGUCUACGAGGUUGCCAACAGGAUUGGGUCGCGGCGGGACUUUAAGGAUGCCUCGGGUGCAAAGGCUGGGUCGCUAUUUCCUUUGUCUGAGAUAUGGACGGCCGUACAAUCAGAGGUACGGACGUUGAUUUCAGACUACAUCACGGACGAGGAGCAGGGCACAACAUCCGGGCGCAAUCCUGUCUCUUCCAUCAACGAGAUACUCCGUGAUGGGAGGUUCACCCGGGACAAAACUAAGACUAUUUUUCGCUUUGUCGACACAGAUGUGAAGUCGACCAUCAAAACACUAAAACCAUACGAAGAUGGUUUGAUGGCAACGAUUAAAGACACCAUGCCAGGACUUGUUCAGGGCUCGGCGGAUAAUCCUACGCAGUCCAUGGUUUCCAAUGUUGGCUCGGAUGAACGAUUGCUAGGGACAGGGCAGCGUCACAGAAUCCUUAUCCAUCCGGAUGCAUUUCACGUCACUAUUCUUUUCCGUCCUACUCUUUGCUUCUUGGAUCGCGUAGCUGAGGUUCUACCAUUCGGCGCGGAAGCCUCAAGAGCGUCGAGUGAAGUUUUAGAUGACUUCGUACUUAAAGUCUAUCUGCCCCAGCUAGAAGAAAAAGUCUCGAACUUAUUCCAUCAAAUCGUCAUUGGACCCGAAGCCUUCCAGCCUGACCCUUUCUCCGCACGUUUGUCGAACGAGCCACUUCUGAAGGCCAGCGUGCAGCUCAUGGCACUCAUCAAUUCACUAUGUACCAUGCUGCAAACUUCUCCAUUCCACCGUGAAAAUUAUACGCGUCUCAUCCUCGGCGUCAUCAUCCAGUUCUAUCAACGGUGUAGCGACCGCUUCCAGGACUUAGUUUCUGUAGCACCUCCUAUGGAAAUGCAACUAGAGCCGAAGCUUGCGCUGGCUGCCCAAUGGGCCCAACGAUCCGAGCUGGCUCCGUGUUUAAAUGAUUUAGUCCAAUGCUUAGACCUGGAGAAGAAAAAUCAACUAUGUCGACAAGAGAUAAAAUUGGAACUGGGAUUCUUGGGAAGAGCUGAUAUAUCUCAAGAUGACCUGAUACCUUCCCUCAGGAAUGUUGCAUCGUUAUGCACAUUGCACCGAAGUGUUAUGUGGUUUGGCACCGCUCUUACUGCGCUGAAAGCGAAAACUGAGGGUGCCCCGAUGUCCCCUCAGAAUUUGGAGCCAUUGAGUGCUAUGACUCCUUUCACGCCACUGCUGCCUGUGCUGCCACCGAUCUCGUCGGAUGAUAGCUUGAAGCUAGCGUUAUCAAAGGAAAUGGCAUUACGAUUCCAAGCUUUACUCAAGACGUAUGAACAACUUGCAGAGCUCGUUCUCUACACCAUACGUAUUGACAUACGGUGUCGCGUCAUACAUCACCUCAGCGCAGCGUUCCAGAAUGGGAAUUACGACUUGGAACGUGAAUCUACGCAACCCGAUUCUAAUAUUGCCAAACUGAACGCCGAACUAACACAAUUCGAGGAGAUGGUAUCCUCUCGACUAUCUAAGGAGGCUCACAAUUUCGUAUUCUCCGGUCUGAGCUCUCUGUUGGAGCAUCUUCUAGUUUCCAACGCACGUUACUUACGGAAGGUUAACUCAUUCGGCAUCAAGAAAAUAUUGCGAAACAUACAAGCUCUGCAGCAGAAUAUCAAGGCUAUAACGUUUGAUGGCCAAGUCGUUGAUUUCAGUCGACCCAAGCAAUACUAUUCCUUGUUCAACAUAUCCCCACAGGACAUGCUUGAGGGCAUUCGGCAUAAAGCCGUAUUCAGCUUCGAAGAGUACCAGACAAUGUUGAACCUCCAAUGUGGAGUUGUGACCGCAGAUGGGGAGGCCGGCAUUGCCAGGGCCCUCGAUAGGAAUUAUGGCAUGUAUAUGAUUGAGUUACACGGGCUAGAGAUCGGAUCAUGA